CCCGCGUCGUUAGGGAGCGUAGGAGCGGCGUUCCUGGUUACGGGGUCGGGCAAAGGGCAAAGGUCAGCCUCCGGGGUGAGAGCACCUCCUUUGGGCCAUGGCCGCAUCUGGGGAACCCGGCCGGCAGUGGCAGGAGGAGGUGGCCGCGGUGGUAGUGGUGGGCUCCUGCAUGACCGACCUGGUCAGUCUUACUUCUCGUUUGCCCAAAACUGGAGAAACCAUCCAUGGACAUAAGUUUUUUAUUGGCUUUGGAGGGAAAGGUGCCAACCAGUGUGUCCAAGCUGCCAGGCUUGGAGCAAAGACAUCCAUGGUAUGCAAGGUUGGCAAAGAUUCUUUUGGCAAUGAUUAUAUAGAAAACUUAAAACAGAACGAUAUUUCUACAGAAUUUGCAUAUCAGACUCAAGAUGCUGCUACAGGAACUGCGUCUAUAAUUGUCAAUAACGAAGGCCAGAACAUCAUUGUUAUAGUGGCUGGAGCCAAUUUACUUUUGAAUACCGAAGACCUGAAGAAAGCAGCCAGGACCAUUAGCAGAGCCAAAGUAAUGAUCUGCCAGUUAGAAAUAACUCCAGAAACGUCUUUGGAAGCCCUGAUGAUGGCCCACAGCAAUGGAGUGAAAACAUUGUUCAACCCAGCUCCGGCAGUUGCUGACCUGGACCCUCGCUUCUACACCCUCUCAGAUGUGUUCUGCUGCAACGAAACUGAGGCUGAGAUCCUAACUGGCCUGAAGGUCCACAGCCUUGCAGACGCCACGCGGGCUGCUCUGUUGCUCAAGGGAAAGGGCUGCCACGUGGUCAUCAUCACCUUAGGUGCCGAAGGAUGUGUGAUGCUGUCAAAGACAGAACCCAUGCCAAAGCACAUUCCCACCGAGAAAGUCAAGGCUGUGGAUACCACGGGUGCUGGUGACAGUUUCGUGGGGGCUUUGGCCUUCUACCUGGCUUACUACCCAAAUCUGCCCUUGGAAGAAAUGCUCAAGAGAUCCAAUUCCAUCGCAGCGGUCAGUGUCCAGUCUGCAGGAACACAGUUAUCUUAUCCAUACAAAAAAGACCUGCCACUCCAUCUGUUUUGAUUGCUACUAACCCUAAAAUAAAUGUACCUGGAAAUAAAAUGGACUGGGGAGAGGGAGGUGGCCUCUCUGAGCCAGCAGCUUACUAUAAAAUAUCCUCUUCUCUUUUCUUUGCAAAUAUGUUCAUUUCUGAAGUCAUUCUCAGCCUUUCAUUUACUUUUUUAUAAUGAUGAUUUCUUCACUUUUCAUGUAUUUGCAAGAGCCAACCAAAAAUUAAGGAGUCCACGACUGGGACCUGUACAAACAUUACGAGGACCAGGAAUCAGCAAACUCACUUGCCAACAGAUCAUGAAUGCUGUAUGUCUGCCACAGAGCAGGGCUUGUGGACGACAGUGUCUAGAGUCUGAGCAGAGAAUGUUAAGCAAGGGAAGGGGGCACGUGAAUUGGGCUGUUCAGGCAGUUCCUAAGAGACGGUUGAUAAUCAGGGUUAGCACUGUAGAAGCUUCUGUUUUGUGAGAGAAGCCAGAAGUUUGGAUGUUUAUUGAAAUUUCUUCAAUGCUUAAGUAUCAGCAAUUGAUUUUUUUAAAAUGUAAACACCACCUGUGGGCCACAUGCAGCGCUUGUGCUGAAGAGACAAGUCAUUUAAGCCAGAUUUUAAGCUGUUGGUUUGCUUUUUUUUAAAUGUCGAUUCAUGUGUGUCACAGGCCCUUUAUAGCAGGCUUAGGUAGGACCAGGUGAAGGAUUUUUCUUGUAAUCCAAAAUGACUCUGUGUAGUUUCAACCGAAAAAGAGCCAAGAUCUCCCCUAUUAUAGCUGUGAACCAGAGAUUAAACAAAAGAUGCCAGAAAACAGCUGAUUGACUCUAAUGCCACAAGCCCCGGGGACUCAACAACUGUCUACUUCUAAUCCCAACUUCAGAAAAGCUACUCUCGCAUGGCCUCCACAGACCGACUAGGCCACGGAGAGGGAACACGUGUUACUUUGGAACAUUGGUUUCAUCCUGCUUGAGGCUCUGGAAGGCAAGCCAUCAUGCUUCUACAUAAAUGCUUUAAAUGGUCUAGAAUACAAACCAGCAAAACUCAAAAUAAAAGCUGACCUUCUUACAUUCAGUCAGAAAUGUGAGGAGAAAACUGAGUAUUUCUGAAAAUCUGUAGGAAACAACAGCUUAAAUGAGAAAGUAUGUCAAUCUGGGUAGCACAGUCUUACCUGAACAUUAGGGAUUAUGGGUGGGAUUUCCAAAUUGGUUGACUGUGUGCUGCCAUGCCCCAGAAGCCUACCACGGCUCUGUGGAAAUACACUAUAGCUCUUCUUUAAAGAAAAAGAAAGAAAGAAAGAAAUCUAGAAGAUAAAGGGGGUCCAAAGCAUUCCUAGAAACUCCCAGCUACUGCUUCAGUGACUAGAGUUUCAAAAUACGGACCAAUGUCAUUUUUCCUAAUUAAAUAAGCACAAAACAAAAGUCCUGAUGGCUUCUUUUGUGUUCGAAGGCUGGCCCCCUUCUUAUUCCUGUUCACCGUUACCCGUCUCUGUUAUUACACAGGAGUUUUUUCGAAAUCACUCUGGAGACUGACUCUGCGUUUCCUAUGAGGUACAAAGAGGAGCAGACUGGAAAGUCUUGCACAAGUUUCACUGUGGAAACUUUCUUUUAUACGAACAAUGGUUAUUCUUUAGUGAUGUAGUUGUUUUUUAUUUCAAAGAGUGGAGGAAAACAUCACCAAGAGACAAUAGCACAGGCUAUUUUAAUAUUUUUUAUUAAGGGCUAUAAAAAUAUCCAGAAAGAUAAAUAAAUGUGAUGCAAUGAUAUAUGUCCUAAUAUGAAGAACUUUCUUUCGGUACAUUGUUUUUCUUCACAAUGGCCUUCAAAUCACAGGAGGCAGUGAUUCCGUGCCAUUUCCUCUUCUUUUAUAACACGCUGCAGAAUUUCUGAAUCAGUACCCCGCCCUCAGUCUUCACAUUUAUAAAUCAAAUUCAUUUUCAAUCCAUUGUUUAUAGGGAACGUAUUUUCUUCUGUUCCACAAAGAGAACUUUUGUUUUCACUGAAAGAGAAAAAUGGGUUGUAGCAGAACACUGAAGGUUUCAUCACCAUUUUUAAAUAAAUAUACGUAUCAUACCACAAA